AUUCCUUAUACCUAUAUUAGUUAGUCAACUACAAUUUACUAUAAAUAGUUGUAAAAGUUUCAAGAAUCUCACUUUACAUUCUUAUUCUGUUAAAAUAAGAAGGUUGCAUUAUAUCCUUAUUGCAAUAUGAGUUUUUCGUCCAAAUAUCUUCAGCUGCUGACAGCGUUCUUACUUCUUUGGUGUUUUGAAUCUACCAUUGAAGCAAAAGAAAUACUUAAAUGCGAUUUAAAAUCAGGCGAAUGCAAUGAAGAAUAUACACACAUAAAACAGCAGGACCUAUCAGAAAAACCACAGUUAAUUUCUACAUUGACAGAUCAAAAAUCUCCAGUGUUAAAAGAAUUAAUAAUUGGUCAUUUUUGGCCAAGAUAUAAUAGAACUACAACACAUAAGCCAAAUACGACAACUGUACCACAAACUGAAUCAACGACCUAUUAUUCUAAUUCGACUACCGAAAGAUGGAAUACAACGACUGGUGCUCCCAAAUCAACAACAUAUUAUUCUAAUUCGACUACAGGAGGAUGGAAUACAACGACUGGUGCUCCCAAAUCAACAACAUAUUAUUCUAAUUCGACUACAGGAGGAUGGAAUACAACGACUGGUGCUCCCAAAUCAACAACAUAUUAUUCUAAUUCGACUACAGGAGGAUGGAAUACAACGGCUGGUGCUCCCAAAUCAACAACAGAUUAUUCUAAUUCGACUACCGAAGGGUGGAAUACAACGACUGCUAUUCCCAAAUCAACAACAUAUUAUUCUAAUUCGACUACCGAAGGAUGGAAUACAACGACUGCUACUCCCGAAUCAACAACAUAUGAUUCGACUGCGACUAGUAAAGUUACUCAUCAUCAUUUUCGAAGGAGGACUACUAGAAAACCAUAAGAAAUUUCUCAACAAUAUUAUAAAUUACAAGACACACUGUGUAAGCAAAAUUAGUUAUUUACCCGAAAAAUAAAUGAUAAGCUAGUGAUAAUAAUCAUAACUUAUGUUUCACGUAUAAUAAUAAAAUAAAUGUUCAUAAUUUAUUUCUAUCUCUCUAUAUCAAGUGUAUUUAAUUAUUAUAAAUGUACCCUUAAUAACUUACAAACGCCUAAUCGUUUUAAUUAUAUUUCUAAGUUUUUUAAAUUAAUUUAAUCAUCCAAGACUUAUUCUAAAUGCAUCACGAGAUUCCUUAUAUUGUAAAUUAUAAAAAUUAAAGCACCAAAACGAAAUGCACACCAACCUUAAUGCGCCACCGUAAAUCGUAAUGUCUAAUUGCAGCACUAUACAUUAUUGUAACUAUUGUGAUUUUCACGUAAUUUACAAAAUUAUUAUUUUUUCCUGAUAAAGUCAGUAGUUAUAACUGUUAUUGCCCCGUUUUCGCAGUCUCCCACAGUCCCACGAAUAAAUAUUUCAUAAUAAUAUUUUUAAUAACAUUUAGUAUUAGGUAUACCUUUAUACUUAAUUAGUUUGAGUCUGUUUGCCUUUACCCAGAAUUUUUUUAUUUCAGAGUCAUCCGUCAAUUAUGUAUUAUAAAUUAUAAUAGGUGGUAGAUGAUUGUAUACGUCCAUUUUGGCACUUGCACGAAAAGUUUAAUUUUUUAUGCUAUUAGAAGUAGUGGAAAAUAAAAAUAAAAAAUAAUUCCUGCAGCCUGCUGACUGAAAAAGUAAAUAAAAAAAUAUUUUUUAUAGAAUUGUUGUACUAUAGUGUCGCUAUUAUAUAAAAAUAGUUUUUACUCGCAUUAUUUUUAGUGUUUAUCUUUAUAACUGUCAUAACAUCCAAAAAAUAAAUAAAUCACCGUUUUUA